UUAGCGCGAGGCGUGACCUAGUUGACAGGCUCUGAGGUGCUGCUGUGGCGGCGGCCGCGGGGCUGAGGCGGGUGGGAACCGAAGCCGAGCGCGGGCUGAGAGAAGACGGCGGCGAUUGGCGAGUGGCGCGGGACCCGGAGCCUCUUGCACUUUUUUUCCUUCCGAGUGCCCCCUCCCACCCCUCCCACUCCACACACACCCUGUUUGCCCGUGAGCCUGGGGAACUUGCAGCUUAAAGCCAGCCACCCCCACGGCAACAUGUACCCCAGCAACAAGAAGAAAAAGGUGUGGAGAGAGGAGAAAGAACGUUUACUGAAGAUGACCUUAGAGGAGAGACGCAAAGAAUACAUAAGGGACUAUGUUCCCCUGAACACCAUCCUAUCCUGGAAGGAGGAGAUGAAGGGCAAGAGCCAAAGUGAUGAAGAAAAUACUCAGGAAACAUCACAGGUGAAGAAAAGCUUGAGUGAAAAAGUUUCUCUCUAUAGAGGUGACAUCACAUUGCUAGAGGUAGAUGCUAUAGUCAACGCGGCAAACGCCAGUCUCCUUGGAGGGGGAGGUGUGGAUGGCUGCAUUCACAGAGCAGCUGGACCCUGUUUACUGGCUGAAUGUCGUAACCUGAACGGCUGUGAAACUGGACAUGCAAAAAUCACAUGUGGCUAUGACCUGCCUGCAAAAUAUGUCAUCCAUACCGUAGGACCAAUAGCCAGAGGUCAUAUUAAUGGUUCCCACAAGGAAGACCUUGCAAAUUGCUAUAAAUCAUCUCUGAAGCUGAUGAAAGAAAAUAACAUCCGAUCAGUUGCAUUUCCCUGCAUCUCAACCGGCAUUUAUGGUUUCCCAAAUGAGCCUGCUUCCAUCAUUGCCCUCAGCACCAUUAAGGAAUGGCUGGCCAAGAAUCAUCACGAGGUGGAUCGGAUCAUCUUCUGUGUCUUCUUAGAAGUUGACUUCAAAAUCUACAAAAAGAAAAUGAGUGAGUUUUUCCCUGCAGAUGAUAAUGAAGAAGAAGGUGUUGACAUCAAAGAAGAUUCAGAGGGGGUAGAGCCAAAAGGCCUCUCUCCACCCCCCAAGAAGAGCAAAGCAAAGAAGCCAGAAUGUUCCAAAGACUCUAGUGAAGAUGAGAAUGGUCCAGAGGAAAAACAAAAUAUAGAAGAAAUGGAAGAGCAGAACCAAGAAGCAGAUGGCGUCAAUGCUGCAACUGGGCCCAGCCCUGCUUCCGAAGAGUCUGCUGAAGUGUGUCAAGAUGAAGAUUCUGCAAAGGACGACAAUAUUGUAAAAGACAAUGAAGUGACAGAUCAUUCUGUGUGUGACCAAGAUCAACCUAAUGGACAAGAGCAUGAUUCAACGAAGAAUGAAAUAAAAAUUGAGGCAGAGUCCCAGAGCUCAUAUAUGGAAACAGAAGAGCUUUCACCAAACCAGGAAGAUGCCACGACCGUGGAGCAACCGGAAGUGAUCCCUCUAACAGAUGACCAAGAAGACAAAGAAGGUGAAAAAGCUCAAGGCGAGGACACACCUAGAGUUCCUGUGCAAAGCGAAGGGUCUGGCUACACAGAAAACUCUCCAAGUCCCGAUGUUGAAAUGAAUAGUCAGGUUGACAGUGUAAAUGACCCAACAGAGAGUCAGCAAGAAGAUUAACUAAUAGGGGCACAAGAUGAAGCAAAGGAACAAAGAAAUGGAAGUCAAUCGUGGUCCUAGGCAUUGCAGGCCUCUCCUGGUCCUUGGGGGGGUGGGUGUAGGAAGACAGGAGUGCAAGCUGUGGAGGAGGGGGGUGUUGGGGGGGGGCAAGUCCCACGGAAGGACAGGGAAUCCUUUGCUCUAAUUUCUCCAGCUGCAUUAUGUUCUGUUUACCUGCAGAAAAAAAGAAAGACAAAAAAAAAAGAAAAAAAGAAAAAAAAAAAAGAAAAAAGUUUCUUUGAACUUGGCAAAGGGCCCCACGUCAAUGUGUCUUUCAGGCACUAUCCCUGUAAUUUCUUUUUUUUUCUCUUUAGUGACUUUUCCCAGGGUCACAGUGGCACAGUUUAACACUCACAGGUGUAUCCUGGUCCCUGUCUGCUUUCUUGAUUAUGUCACAAAGCUGGUCGAUACAGUGGUUUCUUCAAAGAAAGAGAUGAUUGUUGGUACACUGCAGGCUAAAUUUCAGGAAUCCUCAAGCCCAAGAUCAGUAUAAUCCACAAAGGAGGCAGGAGAGAAAAUGGGCAAAAUGCUCAGAAAUCACUUGGGAAAAGGUCAGGGCAAUGAAUUGAAAAUGGCAUUAUAUUCAGGGAUUCCCAAGGUACAGUUCUGUUCCAUGUGGUUAAUGAAGAACGUGGAAGGAGGAUUUCAUCCAGGACAGAAUGUAGAGGCGUUACCCUGAAGGCACGACCCCCCUACAGCCAGCGGGGACCUUCCCUUCCCAGCCAGGACUGCAGGUGCAUUCUUUGACCCUGACCUUUUGCAGAUCUCCCCAGGUUCAUGAGGUCUUUACUGUGUGCUUCAGCAUAGAGCCCACCGAGUAAGAUGUGACUCUUUGGGACACAGUUUGGAAGGGAUGACACUCUUCGAGGUGUUUUAGUUGAGAGAGGGGGGCUGCUGCAUUUAGAAUCCAAACAUAUGUCUAUGAAUAUUAAAAGUUCUACUUGAAAUCUCUUGUUAUAUAUACACUUCAUAAAAGAAUCUCUCGUCUUUACCCAAGGUUUGAGGGCCCACAGAUAGAUUCUCAUUUGAAGUUAGAGGCAAUUGGAGGUCUUGCUUGCAGUUCUGGCUUGCUUUUAAAUAGUCUGCUUUGUUCAUGCCAAAUCCAAAACUACUUUGAUAGCCUGUCCCCACUCCUAGAAAUCCCUUGAUUAUGGUCUUGAAGGGGAGCAGCAGCAUUACUAAGCCAAGAUUCCAGUGGUACAAUGGGCACAGGGGAUGAGCGGCCAAGGAGGAAGUCAGAAGUUGUCACAGAUGUCUAUCCCAGAGAUGACAUCAAUAGUGACCCACACGAGGCAAGAUGCCUGCUUCCCACAGCUUCCCUAGGUUCUAAGAACAGUCUAUUUUUUUCUGAGGAAACUGAUAUCGCUUCUUGCCUAUCUCGUCAAAUCCACCUUCCUUAAAAGGUCUUUAGAACUGUGAGUUAUUUAUAUAUAUAAAUAUAUAAAUGUAUUUUUUAGUGGAGGGAGAACAGUAAUAGAUCAAAUUGGGUAUUUCUAAAAUCAAAGGGCGUUCUGUUUUCUAAAUAUUCCACGGACUUCUUCAGUUUUACUCUUUCCUCUAUGGAAAAUCCACUUUCUUCUCUCUUCUAUGAAUUUUGUUUCAGCCCUUUUGGAAUUUGUUGCCCCUCUGGAUGGCUUCUUUGAUAUAUUAGAAUCAUUAGCAAGUUAGAUUUCUGCAUAUGUGGUAUGUUGUAACAUCCUGUAUUUCUAAAAAAAAAAAAAAAAGAAAGAAAGGAAACAACUGCUUAUCAACCUAAGCAAUGAUUUUUAAGGGACCUCAUGAUUUUGGAACGUGGCCAUUUCUCUUUCUGCUGUCAUUUUACAGUUUGGUAUAGAAAUGUAUAUGUCUCCUACUGCCAUGAGAUAUGGCUUUCUAGAAAAACAAGGGAAAGUCCCAUUUUAAGUGAUCCAUGAAAUGAUGCCAUACACAUCCUGAGAGUUUCUGUAUUUCUUGUCAUCCUUAUAACUUAAUUGAAAGUUGCCGUCAUUCUGUGAAGGACUGGACAAGGAGUGCUAAGAGCACAUUUUCCAAGGACUCCCACAUGUUAGUGCUACUCAUGCCCAGGAAUGAGUUACAGCUGAAAACAACAUGACGGAGACAAGCGGGGUGGGGACUACUUAAUGGACAAUGAUGAAAAAGACCCAACGUCCCCGUUAGGACCCGUGAGGACUGGAAUUAUUUCAUUCAGGGUGUUCUCUUUAUCAUCCACGACAGCCAUUUUUAUUCCUUCAUUUUAAAUGCGGGCGGGGUAGGAAUAGGGUAGGGAGUUCUCUGCAUGAGAACUUCAGGAAAAGGAAAGAAAUCUUUGAGAUCAAAACGAAGAGAAUGAGGCGUCAGUCUCCUAGCCCCACCCCUGAAUUUGUUUAAACUUUAUAAUUACAUUGGGUUUUCAUUUUUGCCUUGUUAUGCCUUUUGGUUGCUAUUUGGUUAUGAGAUUUUAUCCUUAAACAAUGAAGUCACUUUGCAUUUCAAUAGUAAGAGAUUAAAAAUCUACCUGUUGGCCAGAUCGAGGACACCUCAACACAGGAAACCCUUUUUUCCCUGGCGCUGUCAUUGAACAGGCUAUACAGUGGAAAAUUUGAAAGGCAGAUUGCUUGUCCUGCACAUGAAUCCUGGAUGUCAAUUUCCAACCACACCCCUGCCAGGCUACGUGGCAUGACUGUGAGGGAGAGGGGGAGAAAGAUAACCCAAUAUUAGUCAUGUUUGCAUACAGAGGAUCAAAGUAGGCUCUCAACAUAAUACAGAUGUCCCUGCUUUUUGAAAUUGCAUUAUGCCACUUUGCUUUUAUGAAAGACCUACAUUAGUACCUGCUACCGUUCACCUAAAGAAAUCCCUGAAGAGAGCUUUUGCUUUUAUAAAAACUGCAAGCAGGGAGAACAGCCCCGCGGAGCUCCUUCUCUGGGAAUGCACUCAGUGUCUCAGCAUCAAGCCACCAUAGCUUUGACCUGCAUCUGUGAACAUCUGUGCUUUAUCUCAUUUUAUUUUGUGCAUCCAUUAGCAAGAUGUGCCCUAUGGUAUCAGAAGAGAGUCUGGGAAGACUCAAAAAUAUUUCCAUAUAAAUGAAUGGUAAUUGUUUCUUUGCUUUACCCCAUUUCGGCUUAAGGACAGAUUUCAUAGGAACACUACUUGCCCAUAGCAGGGGGAACCUGUAGUCCUAAUUAGAAAGGUAGUCGUUGUGAGAGAGACAAAGGGGCUUUUCCUCCAGUUAGUAACUAUUCAGAUAAUGGACAAGUCUUCUUUCAUAAAAGCUUACAAAGGAGGCAUCCAAAAUACUGUCUGUGAUAGUGGGUCACAUAUUUGCCACCGCAGCUAAUUGUAAAUCUUUCUAUGAAAUACUGAAAAGCCUCUUUGUGAAUUAAUACAGUUCUGCUUGAUGCACUUGAUUUGAAAUGACUUUUCUCUGUAUGUGGUGCAUGUCAGCUUUGCUUUGAAAAAUAACAAAGUUAGCAGAAUACGUUCAAUAUAUUUUCUUGGGGAAUAGGGUUUUUAUCAUAUGAUUAAGGAUUUGCCUUACCCUGACAUUUGUGAUAUAAAGGAAAAUCAGAAAAAAAAAAAGUAAUUUUCUUGAUCAAGAUAUGUUUUUACUUAAUGCAAAUAAAUGUAGUCUGUUGCUUGCAAGGGGAAAAAAAUGUCUUCUGAUAUCUGGUAUAAACUGCUAAAUAGAAUAAUACGUGCCUCUUUUGUUAAACCGGCAUUUAAAUGCUGGACUGCUUCGAAAUCUGUUUGUUUCUUUUCAUCUGUGCCAUACACUAAGAAACUUAAACAACUGUUGCCUUCGUACUAUAUUUGUUAGAACAGAAUAUGAAUAAAAUUGGUUUGAGAGGAUAAGGU